ACAUGGAUCACAUACAACGGAAGCAACAGCAAGGAAAGAAGCAGCAGCGCUGGAAGACUCCAGAUGAACGUACUCCAGAUACGGCCACAGAGAGUUCCUCUUCUUCUUGUUUUUUAGAUUACAGCCCCCCAAGACACGUCGAGGGCAAAAAAGGCGCAGGGGGCACGAAACAUCAGAAAACGUUUGCAACAGAGACGCGACAACAACCACCCAGGACAGUGAGGAACUCACAGAAACGUUAGUAUACAAUAUAUCUGACGAAUUAUUAACAUCUGAACAAUUGACUUUAUUGCAAAAGGGCUUAUCUUUUAGUCCCACUAGUAAAUGUGACACUUUUGAAUUGGAUGUCGAUCUACAGAGAUUUUUUCGUAAUUUGCGUCUUAAACGCCAUUUCUCUAAAAUCCCACCCCCUAGUGAAGUUGUAUAUAGUAAUGUGGGGGCAGGUCAUUCGCAACUAUCCCUUAAACGGGUGGGUCUCCGGAACAAAAGUAUGUUUGUGCCUCCCAUGACAGAUAAUGUAGUGGAGGCUUACAUUAAAUUGGUACAAACGGAUGUGGAUGUUUUAAAACAAAAAAUUAAGCGAAGACCAUUGAUGUUUACAAGAUCUUAUUAAUAAUGACAAUUUAAUCAUAAAACCAGCUGACAAGGGGGGUGCCCUGGUGGUAAUGAAUAAACAAAAAUAUAUGGAUGAAAUUUAUCUACAAUUGGCAGAUGGUAAUGUGUACAAGAAAGUCGAUUCGGAUCCACUAGCAUCCAUACAACAGUGCAUUGCAAAUUGUGUGCUUGAUGCAAUGGAGGCUGGCAUUGUGGAUGACGAUCUAAAAAAAUUCCUGAUUAAAGACAAUCCUAUUACGCCAAUAUUGUACACAUUACCUAAAAUUCACAAAAACUUGGAGAAUCCACCAGGUCGCCCCAUUGUCGCUGGUACUGAUUCAGUCUUAUCACCAUUGGCUGUAUUUCUAGAUAAGAUAUUACAGCCUCUAGUGCAGAAUACUAAUUCUUUUGUGAAAGAUACCACACAUCUACUGAAUAUAUUGGAUCGGACCACAUUAACCAACAAUAAUGUUCUAUUAGUCAGUCUUGAUGUGUCAAGCCUUUACACAUCUAUAAAUCAUGACACAGGAAUAUCAGCUGUGACUCAUUUUUUAAAUACCACUGAAUAUACUGAGGAACAAAAGUCUUUUUUAGUGGAUUUAUUGCAAAUAGUGUUGCAUCAAAAUUAUUUUCUAUUUGGGGACAAUUUCUACAUACAACAGAGGGGUACCGCUAUGGGUAGCAACGUAGCUCCCUCUUAUGCAAAUCUGUAUAUGGCCCACAUUGAGGAGGAGGUAAUAUAUAAAAAUUCCCUAUUUAGAUCUCAUUGUACGUUGUAUCUGCGGUACAUUGAUGAUCUUUUGCUGAUCUGGGAUGGUGACUUAGAGAGCCUAAAUGCCUUUCAUCAUUUUCUUAAUGGUAUAGAAGAGACUUUAAAAUUUACAAUGGAUUUUAAUCCAACUUCCAUCAAUUUUUUGGAUGUAAAAGUGGUCAAGGAUGGAAACAUACUUAAAACUGAACUAUAUAGGAAGGUGACUGAUAAAAACAAUUUAUUGCAUUUUGCCAGUUUCCAUCCUGAUGCUUUAAAAAAUUCUCUUCCUUACUCGCAAUUUAUGAGGGUGAAGCGAAUUGUAAGUGAUUCAAAGGACUGUGACUUUUAUUUAAAAGAAAUGGUGGAUCGGUUUGGUGCUAGAGGCUACUCUAAACAGAUUUUAAAGAACAAUUUAGAGAAGGUGCACCAGCAAACCAGACAGGAAUUGUUAAUUGCCAAUGUGCCAAAGCAUAAGGAUAAUAACAGGAUAGCCUUUGUAAGCCGGUAUAAUACGGCAAGUAAACAAAUUGGGAGCAUCAUACGUAAACAUUGGCAUCUGUUACAAUCCUGUCUGACAGAAGUCCCAAGUUUUCAAUUACCACCAAUGUUGGCCUACAAAAGGGCAAGGAAUUUGAAAGAUCGUUUAGUCAAAGCUGAUGUUGGCAGCCUAAAAUCGCAGAAAUGCUUAUUUUUACAAAGGCCUAAAUUUGGAACUUUUCCUUGUCUACAUUGCUGUCAAUGCAAUUCAAUAAUUAAAGGAAAUACUUUCAAUCAUCCCCAUUCUGGUAAGCAGUAUAAAAUUAAACAGUACUACACAUGUGAAUCUACAUAUGUUGUUUAUUUAUUGAAAUGCCCGUGCGGUUUGCUAUAUAUAGGGGAAACAACCCAGAGGAUUAGAGAUCGUAUCUCUAAACACAAAUCCACUAUUCGCACAGGACAAACUUCUCUACCUGUACCGGCACAUUUUCGAUCCGCAGGACAUGCAAUUAGUCAAUUAAAAUUUCAAAUAAUUGAUUCUGUUCCAGUUCAGAGGAGAGGGGGCAAUAGACUGCUAGCAUUACAAAAAUUAGAAAUGCAGUGGAUCCAUAGGUUGGACACAGUGUGGCCGAGGGGCCUGAAUAAAGACUAUACCCCAUCUAUGUUUAUUUAUCAGUAGGUAGGCAGACUUUUUACCAGUGCUGGUUUUUUGAAAUAUCUACUAUGUGUAUACAUAUGUAUUCUAACGAACAAUUUUUGUCUUUUUAAGGUCCUUGAAUGAACCUUCUGAGUGCGGGUACCAUCAUCUGCAUAACCCAAGAUUAUUGGGGAGAAAAAUGGACUGAGUAUGCAGUUAAAGUACCGUGAUUGCGCCUCAGUUUAUUCAUUCAUAUUCUCCCUGAUUGGGAAUUACAAAUUAAUUUUUAUACAUAUAUGCACUUUAAGGUGAUAAUAUUUUCAUAUGUAACUUUUUUACACUUGUGUCAUAAUGUUCAUACUAUUUUUUUGUUUUUGCUAUUUAUGGACUUUUUAUGGAUAUUUUAUUAUAUGGGUGCACAAAAAAUUUCCAAUCAAACAUAAUGGUCUGUGAUUAUUGCACUAAUUAUGUAUGCAGGGUUUGAAUUUUAACCUAUCUCUGAGGAUUCACUAAAUUAUUCACAUGUGUCACUCCAUUAUUCAAAUUUAUCAAUUAAUUAUGUAUAUUAGCAUUGAAUCUUAACCAAUCCGUGAAGGAUCACUACCAUUGUUUCUCCACUCCUCCCUCUU